AAUAAAAUAAAAUUUGAAAUUAAAAAAAUAACAAAAUCCCAGUUAAAGUUGAAGCAAACUCAAACUCACUCCACACAAAAUUCGACCACUGAAAUCCACCGUUACCUCCCCUUCUUUCUUCCAACACCAGCAAAUGGCCACUCCCUUUUUGGAAACGCGACCACGCGCCGCCGUCCCACGAUUUAAUUAUCGGAAAUUAAACAACCCAUUUUCCCUGUUCACUAAACAACACCUACGCCACUCAAAAGAUACCCAAAAAUGCCACCCAAGAAGCUUAAGCAUUUCAAGAAUUCAGGCCACUAAUGGAGGAGGGGAUUCAUACUUGGACAUGUGGAAGAAGGUAGUGGACAAUGAAAGGAAGUCUGUUGAGUUUCAAAAAAUUGCGGAAAAUUUGGCUAAACCUAAUGAAAAUGAUGAAGAGGGAAAAGAAGAGAGUGAAGCAGAAGUGGAGAGGAGAAACAAUGAGUUCAAUAAACUUCUUGAAGUUUCUACCGAAGAAAGAGACAGGGCUCAGAGAUUGCAGGUGAUUGAUCGCGCCACAGCAGCAAUAGCGGCCGCAAGAGCACUUCUUAAGGAGAAUUUGCUGCCGGAGAAGCAGAUUUCUAGCGAGGUGAUGGCUGAGGAUGGUGGUUCAGAUAUGGAUCAUCAACAAAAUGAAAACGAGAAUGGUGGCUCUUUCCUGUCUCAAUCAGGAAACUCUGUAAUGGGAACACCAGGUCCAAAUUUCUGGGCCUGGACACCUCCUUCAGAUGAUGAUAAUUCCUUUGGUUUUAGCGAAAUGAAGCCUGCCGGAAAAGCUUCUCCAUAUCCUUCGCAGAGCAACUCGGUAAUGGAAAAGGAGCGCUCUGUCGAUUUUCUGUCGAUCCCUUUUGAGACUACAAUGCUUCAUAGUAAGUACAAUCCUCUCCUUCCACCUCUCCAGUCACUCGAGGAGGUUGAAGAUGUAGAAAUUACUAGCACAACUGAUGAAGCAACUCAUCUCAUUGAGGAACAAGAAAUUGGUGUAGAAUUUUCAGCACUUGCAGCUGAAGCAUCUCAUGCUCUCAGUGAAAUGGAUGAAGUAAUGCCUGAAGGAAUUAAUCCAGACGGUUCAAGGUGGUGGAAGGAGAUGGGAAUUGAACAUAGACCUGAUGGGGUGGUUUGCAAGUGGACGCUGCUCAGGGGUGUGAGUGCUGACAAAACUGUUGAAUGGGAAAAUAAAUAUUGGGAGGCUGCUGAUGAGUUUGGCUAUAAGGAACUUGCCUCUGAGAAAUCAGGACGUGAUGCUGCAGGAAAUGUUUGGCGGGAAUACUGGAGAGAAUCGAUGUUGCAGGUUGACGGACUUGUUCAUCUUGAGAAAACUGCAGAUAAGUGGGGAAAGAACAAGCAAGGGGAAGAAUGGCAGGAGCAGUGGUGGGAGCAUUACGGUGCCUCUGGCAAAGUGGAUAAAUGGGCUCAUAAGUGGUGCAGCCUUGAUCCUAACACUCCCCUUGAGGAUGGUCAUGCUCAUGUUUGGCACGAACGGUGGGGUGAAAAGUAUGAUGGGCAAGGUGGCAGCACUAAAUAUACGGAUAAAUGGGCAGAGCGUUUUCAAGGUGAUGGCUGGGAUAAAUGGGGUGAUAAAUGGGAUGAACACUUUGAUCUCAAUGGCCAUGGGGUAAAACAAGGGGAGACAUGGUGGGAAGGUAAACACAGAGACCGUUGGAAUCGAACGUGGGGCGAGGGUCAUAAUGGUUCUGGGUGGGUUCACAAGUAUGGCAAGAGCAGCAGCGGGGAGCAUUGGGAUACACAUAUACAGCAAGAUACUUGGUACGAGAAAUUCCCACAUUAUGGUUUCUACCAUUGCUUUGAGAACUCUAUCCAGCUCCGGGAGGUCAAGAAACCGUCAGAGUGGUCGUGAGAAAUUAAUGCAGAUACAUACAUUUCUGCCGAUGCUGUGAGGACUUGUGCCACUUGUAACUUUCACACGUUUCGAAUAAUUGUUAUAACAUCUGCAACAAUUCAAAUUUAGUAUAAGAUAUAGCUAUAUUAUCAAUAUAGUUAUUGUGGAGUGUGAAUUUCAGAUAGUGAAGAGAAACUAGUUUCUUUAUGAAAUAAAAUGAUGUAAUUUUACCAGUGACUUCAUGUUGCAUUCUCAGAUUUAUAAAGCUCUGGUUGUAUUGUUUUC